CGUGUAGCUAAGCUAACGUUCAAUUUUUAUGCUUUUUUGCGAGUUCGGAAGAGACUGUUUGCACAAACCAAGUACCCUCCAAGCUACUUCUUCCGGAAGGGCGUGUAUCUCAAAACCAGCAAGUUUGCCUCCAAUCGUAUCAUAAAGGCGUCUAUCGCAACGAAGUAGCACGUUGCUUUUGCAAUAUCGCCAAAGUAGCGAAGAUUCUCAAAUACCCUUGAAAAUGCCUGGUCCAGGAUGGCUCAAUGGAUGGCUGAAAAUCAACACGAAGCAUGUAGUUUUCCCCAAAAGCGCCUUUGUCGAGAAAGGCGGAAACCAGUCAAAUUCUCAACAAUCCCAGAAAACCACCUCUACGGCACAAUCUUCUACCAUGGGAUCGACGCCACGGGAUCCGGAGCUGGCGGCGAUCAAACGGUUCAGUAAUCGCAGGAGCAGACGUCGCUUACAACGGACGCGGUCCAAUUCGGACCUCAUUCGUGAGCUAGCGAUUGAGAAGCAUUACGACGAUCAUCAUUUGAUGGACGUUCCUAGAGUGAUUGGGGUUUCGGAGGAUGGGAAUGAUUCAGAGCACGCGCCUGCUCGUGGCGGGAAGAUUUCACAGGAUUCCAGGCCGAGGCGUAACACAACAGGUAUGCGCGAGGAGGGUUCACUCGAAAAUGUUGAUUCACUCGGCAUGGUAUCUACUGCAUCUAGCCCUCCAACCAUUGGUGACUCUAGGGUGUGCGAUCAUCACGAAAACCUGUACGAAGCGGCGUUUUUGCAUCAAUUUGAACGGAGACAUGCCCAAGAUUCCCUGACUCCGACCCGACACGAUAUUUGUAGAGCCGCCCAAGCCGACUCCCAACACAGGGCGUUCGGCGGUUUUCUACCUCAUCCUUUCUUUCAGUCGGAAGAGCCUCGUGAUUGCCAGAAAUGCGCUGAGCUCAACGCUGAGUUAAUUGCUACUUUGGAUGAUUUAGAGUACAUGAAAACAAUGGCUCUAACUAGUGAAGCAGUAGCGGAUCCGGUAAAGCAACAGACAGAAAAUUUCGAGAAAUAUUCUAAGCAACUGCACGAAUUAACGAUUCGCCACAAGAAGCAAGUCGAACAACUAACCAGGGAAAGAUCCCUGUGGCAACACGAGAUGCAAUUAAAGCUAAGCAAAUUCUCCGGCUUGUGCAAGCACCUCAAUGAGGAAUCUGCUGUUCGCAACGUAGAGUCUGCCUCUCUUCGAGAAGAACUUGCAUCGGUAAAAGCCGAGCGCAACGUUUUGGCUGAAGAAGUUCUUCGCCUUCGCGCUCAGGCUGAAUGCUACGAAAAACAAAAGUUGGAAGACGAAGUAACGAGAGCCAAGCUACUUGAUUACGAACAACGUGGACUCGAACGCUCCGAAAACGAGAUUCGAUCACGAGAUCAAGUCAUCUACGAGCUAACGUCUCGUUUGGAAUCCACUUUGGACCAGCUUGAGUCAGAACGCCAGCAACAACGAAAUCGUCGGCAAAUCAUCUUUCCCGCUAGUUCUUAAAGGGUUUUCACAAUCACGCAUCUACUUCAUGCUAAUUAUAUACGCAUAGAUCACUUUAUUGG